AUGCGGUAUUCCUGGUUAUGUUUGCUACCAUUUGUGCUGUUCGCACACGUGGCCAUCGCUCAGGGCUCUAUCACUGAUAUUUGCGCUGGUGUGAAAGGGGUUUCUGGCUGCAAAGUCUCCAUCACCGUGCCCACGGGCGUCAAAGUGAACACCAAACGCAAGACAGUGAAAGUGCGGCUGACGGAGGAGCAGUACAACAAGUGCAAGACCAAGAAACAGGUCAAGUACAACUGCGGUACCAAGCAGAAGCCCAAAACUUGCACCAAGGUGCAGUGUGUGCCUGGUUAUGAUGAUAAGAUUCAGAAUGUGCCAUCGAGCCUGACCGUCGUUACUAAAAAGUUCAAUCUUUGCAACCAGAUCCGCAGCGUCCUAGGCAACACCAUUGGGAACAAGUUCAUCAACUCAAAUAAUGCAUUGUGCUCAUGCUUUCCCAAGGUGAAACAGUUGGAGAGUAGCGGGGAGUUUACUUCUAUCUCGACCAAAGGCGAACUCAAGUCAGAAAAUGCCAAUAUCAUCAAGUCUGCUGGAGAGUUGCAGACGUGCAUCGCCAAUGCCGGUUUCCCUGUCAAGGGCAACAAGGCUGCUGUCCUUGCACCCUUGAAACCUAAAGAUGGGUGGGCUUUUGCACCGGCCGCAGAGAUUGAUAUGAAUCUGUACAAGAACCUGAUUGACCUUACGGUCCCCUGCCAGGCUGGCUCUUGCAACGUAAACAUGAUCCGCGACACUAUCAAGGGCUACGUGACCAAGUCAUACGAAACGAUGAAGCAGCCCAUUACUAGCGUCGUGGGUGACUGGUACAACAAGGCAUACGAACUAUUGACGAGCAUACUGGCCUAUGCUCAAAGCUGCGACAACGUGCAGUUCACUAUGCAGGAUGUCUAUUCUGAGAUCUUUGGCCUUGCAACCUAUAUCUGCGAGACACUUCAGAGGUGUGACGGCCCCGUAGUCGACAAAUUUCUACAGGAUACCGUCGACCUCCUCCAAAUGGUUGAUGACCUCUGGGAAGCUCGAGCCCCCCUCGGCACCGCCAAUAGUGCCCUGACAGGACUUUUGGGUCGCUCUAGCAAGCUCAAAGAUGAGUGGCCUACUAAUGUCUUGACCACGAGUCAAAUAGUCAGCAUUAUUCAGCAAGGCCAGUUCAAGACUGUCAGCGACAUCUUCAAGUUUAUGCCCAUCGCCACAGAUCUCCCGGCGUUAGCCUCAGAUAUCCAGACAGCCUCAUUUCCCCUCUUCGACAUUCUUGAUCAGUACCAACACGUCGCAGAAGAGGCCUUGGCCCUGGCUAACAAGCUUCUUGCCGUCGACUGGACACAGGUCCCAGAUGAGGUAACUUUUAACGACGGAGUCUACAACCGGGUUAUAGUCAUACAGAUCUUGAUCAACACAAAGAUCAAAAAGUCUGUUGAAGGCUAUGUGGCGUCGUGCAAAGCGUUGCAGGCGGCCUUAGACACCUUCUCCUUAACCAACGGCCGGUACAGUGCUGUCAAAUCGGUGGCCGCCUACCAGCGAUUCAGCACCGUCUCCAUGGACAUGCCCUGCUCCAAGAUGACGAAUCAGGUCUAUAAGAAAUCCGGACUGACUACGUCGUUCAGUUAUCGAACGUUUUGGAAGUGCAAGUUCAACCAGCAAGCACAAUACCCUCGGAACCACAUUCCAUAUAUGCGGAUCCGAGGCAACCCAUGA